AUGUCACACAGAUCCUUAUACAAGGGCAAACGAUUCGAUAAAGAAGGCACAUCAUCACCUUCAUCAUCUCGAGCUCAUUCAGCCAUUGGAACCCCCUUACGAUCAGAUGACUCCGAUUAUGAAAGUGAUUACGAAGAAGGCGAAUUGCUUAAGAUUGAAGAAAUCUUGCGAGAAAAGCUUACCAACUUGAAUCAACAGGAUAUGGGAGAAGUGGCUAAAGAAGACCGAAUAAGUUCUGGAGAUAGACGUCAAUAUGAAGCCCACCAGUUGAAUAAUAAACGUAUUCAGGAAAAUUCAAAUAUUAAUGAAAUUAUCAAAUCAUUGACUUUUUCAAGGACUGAUAUUAGUUCGAGAUCAAGGGAGUUGUUAUUGGCGCAGCUUUACAAACUUGUCGUUUCGAAACCGUUGGUGAUUUACAAUGAAGAAAAUGUCGGUAACCGAUUGAAUUAUGUUGAUGAGGAUACCGUCAAUACUUUGAUUAAUCAAUUCACCAGUGGCAAUUAUCGAAGUGAGUUGGAGUUUCAGUAUUUAUAUCGUUCGCUAAUUGCAUUGGUUUGCAGCGAUAUUGACGAAUUUGGCGCAUUGAUUAGUAGUGACUUGUUAUCGAAAAUUCAACAUUUGAUUACAGAACCAACAAAUAGUAUCGUUACAGCAGAAAACAAAUCCAGUAUCAUAUUAGGGUACACUGCAUUGACAUUGGUGUUGCAUAAUGGUUCUUCUAGUUUUGGAGUUGAUGAUCGAGUCAAUAUGUUGAUGGAGAUUGCCGAGGGUUAUAGUGCUAGUGCAUUGGCACUACAAAAGGAGGUUGAACAAGGUGAUCGUGAACAUUCCACUUUUAUAACUGAUAAAAAUUUGGAUAAAAAAUUGGUUAAUGAAGCCAAUGCCAAAGUAGUUGCUGAAGCUUCAGUUGCUGUGGCUGCAAUUCAUGGAGUUGGAUGUUUAUUGACUUUGUUGCGUCGUGGUGAGUACUUGAAUGAGAUUAGCGAGGACUUGGUGGUAAAGUUGGUGCCGCUUUUGGAUAAUGACGAAAAUAGGGAUAUUGCCAAGGCUGCAGGAAGGACAAUUGCCGUUAUUUAUGAAUUAUAUGAUUAUGGAAACAGUGACGAGGAGGAUGGUGAGGAUGACGAUUAUAAUUUAAAUGCCCCAUACUAUGAACAAGAGUCGUUGAUUUCAAUAUUGACCCGACUUCUCAAUUUAUCCUCUAAGAAGGUUUCAAAGAAGGAUAAAAAAGAAAUCAGUUCAGUUUUUAGAAAUAUCAUCAACACAAUUGAGACAUACACUGAUAGUAGCAAAAGGCAGCAAGUUUAUAAACGGACAGAAGAAGGAAUUGAACUACUCAACAAUUGUGUUGACACUAUCAACAUCAAAUUAUCCAAAUACAAACAAUUGAAAGUUAAUUCAUGGUAUCUUGCAACCAGGCUAAGACACUUGAAAUGGUGUUUUAGUUUUGGAUUACAUAGUCAAUUGGUUGCAAAUGAGACAAUCAGAGAUGUAUUGAAAGAACCGGAUAAUGAGUAUUCCUAUGGUGGUAGUCAUGGUAUUGAUGUUGAUGAUAUUGAAGAUCAUGAAAUCUUGCAUGAAUACAUGGAUCAAAAGCAUUCUACCGAUGAGAAACUGAGACAUGAGCGAAGGAAAAAAGAGAGAAUGGCAAAGAUUGAUGAUCAAUUGGAAGGAUUAAACUUGAAUAAGUAG